UCAACAAGGAAGUGCGCUGUGUCUUUGAAUACAAGGCGCCAGGAGCUGCUGCAAACUCUCAGGUGAAAGGGAUGCCCGCUUCGGAGCCGGUCCGGUUGGGUCGGAAACGCCCCCUGCCUGCCUGCCCGAACCCGCUGUUCCUCAAGUGGCUCACAGAGCUCCGCGACGAGGCGAAAGAGAAGGGACUGAAGAUUCAGUACACCUACCAGAAGGCCAUCAGCUCUCUGAACAAGUAUCCAUUACCACUGCAAACGGCCAAAGAGGCAAAGAUCCUCCAGAACUUCGGAGACGGUAUCUGUAAACUACUGGACGACAAGCUGCAGCGAUACCGUAGAGAGAACGGUCCAGACACUCCAAUUCACUCUCUCCCGGAAGGAGCGCCCCCUCCUGGCAGACGGGACAACAACAGCCUGGCUCCCUCCAGAAAGAAGAAUGCAGCAGGGGAUCAAGGGAAAGACACAGGAGGACGAGGAGGAGGAGGAGGGAGGAAGAAGAAGAGGGAGUAUGUGCCCCAGAAGAGGUCUGGGGGCUAUGCUGUACUGCUCACCCUGUACAGACAGUCGCAGAUUCCAGGUAGUAAAGGUUUCAUGUUUAAGAUGGAGCUUCAAGCAGAAGCUCAGCUCCUCUGCGAUAAGUCUUUCACUGUUCCAGACCUCGGCAGUAAGUACACUGCCUGGUCUUCAGUGAGCACUCUGAUCCAGAAGAACUUGGUGAUGAAGACCCACAACCCUGCAAGGUAUUCUCUGACAGAUGAGGGUCUGGCUUUGGCAGAGCGACUGGAGUCAGCAAACCAAGGGAGUAAAGACGGCCCACAGGGUAACACAGAGGAGGUCAGAAGUGAAGGAGAGGAGGAUGAGGAGGAAAGUGGUCCUGGGCUCGUGGACCUGACUGCUAGUGAUGAUGAUGAAGACGAAAAGGAAGACAGAAUACACCCUACAGAGAAUCCGCCCUGUGCUGCCCAGCCGAGGAGCAAGGUCGAUGGGACGAGUUUUUCAGGAAAAUCCAAGGAUUCACAGGCAACGAGCAGAAAGCCGAAUGCAGGAUGUCUUCUGCCUGGAACCUAUGACAUUAUACUCUGUGUUGACUUCAUUGAGACAACUGGCGGCAGCCAACACCGAAAGCAGGAGCUGGUCAAGGAGCUUCAGAGAAACGGAGUGAUCUUUGAUGUUAGGAAGCUAAACGUUGGAGACUUCCUGUGGGUCGCUCGUGAAAAGGUCGCACCCGUUCCAGGUCAGCUGCGUGCCCCCGCAGGCCGGGAGCUUGUACUUGAUUACAUCAUUGAGAGGAAGAGGAUGGAUGACCUGUGUGGUAGCAUCAUUGACGGACGCUUCAGGGAACAGAAGUUUCGACUGAAGCGGUGUGGUCUUCGUCGGCCCUGCUAUCUGGUAGAGGAGUGUGGGACCGCUGCCUCCCACCUGAGUUUACCUGAGACUACGCUGCAGCAGGCCAUAAUCAACACACAGGUAGUUGAUGGCUUCUUUGUGAAGAGAGUCCAGGAUGUGAGGGAGUCAGCGGCCUACCUCACCGUCAUGACGCGAUACCUGACUAAACUGUAUCAGAACUGUACGCUGAUCUGUCGCUCCAGAGAGCUGGAGGGUGAUGGAGGGAGUGAUGAGGAGGAGAGAGCCACCCCCUCGUGCUCUCUCAUUUCUUUCGCAGAGUUCAAUCAUGGUGCACUUAAAAACAAGUGUCAGACAGUGAGAGAAGUGUUUGCCAGACAGCUGAUGCAGAUUAGUGGACUGUCUGGAGACAAGGCAGCUGCAAUACUGGAGCAAUACAACACUCCGCACAGUCUUCUGACAGCCUAUGAACAGUGUGCAAGUGAAGCAGAGAAAGAGAAACUCCUCUCUUCCAUACGCUAUGGGAAGCUCAAAAGAAACUUGGGUCCAGCUCUGAGCAGAACAGUUUAUCAGCUCUACUGCACUCAAGGAUCUCUGUCAUAGAUGCACGCAGUCACUGAUGAACACUAUUUCAGCCAUUCAGAUAUUUUCUGGAACAAAAACGGAUGCAAAGUCAAAAUCAUUAACAUCGUUAUGUAAAUACAUUUAGUCAUCAAAUAUCAGUGCCUGCUUUACUUGAAUAGAAUUAAUAUGAGGAUGCUGCUAUAUUUUCAUUAUUGUAACAUAUAUCUACGUGUGUGAAGAAUUUCACAAGUGUAGUCUGACACUAUAUCAAUAAAGUUUAUUU